AUGGACCAUAUUAUCACAAAGGAGAAAUACAGUAUAGUCCUGAAGAGGAAGCCAGACUGGAAAGAGAUCAUUUUUGGAGAAUUUUUGAUGCUUUUAGAUAUUACAGAAUCCAUGUUCAGGAGAGGAUCAAGCGUGCAGAGCAACAGUGAAUGUGCAAACUGCAAUGAUGAAGUGCUGCAAGCAAUUGUGAAUAACAGCAUCCACAUGUUUGAAAAUACUGAAUAUGGAGACAUGGAAGAACCAAAGAGACAUCCUUCCUCUACGUUUGACAUGGACAAGCUUAAAUCCACUAUCAAGCAGUUUGUCAGAGACUGGAGUGAAACUGGACGAGCUGAAAGGGACUCGUGCUACCAGCCAAUUAUAAAAGAGAUCCAAAGACUGUUUCCAAGUGACAGAUGUGAUGUAUCGACUGUUAGUGUGCUGGUCCCUGGAGCAGGGCUUGGCCGCCUGGCCUGGGAGAUUGCCCGUCUGGGAUAUAUUUGCCAAGGAAAUGAAUGGAGCUUCUACAUGCUCUUCUCUUCUAACUUCGUUUUGAAUAGGUGUGAAAAGGUGAACUCUCUUACCCUGUACCCCUGGAUCCACCAGUUUAGCAACCAUAAGAAAUCGUCUGACCAGACAAGAGCAAUCCAAUUCCCUGACGUGAACCCCCAAAGUCUGCCACCAACUUCAGACUUCUCCAUGGUUGCAGGUGACUUUGUAGAAGUCUACACAGAGCAAGAUUCAUGGGACUGUGUGGCAACUUGCUUCUUUAUUGACACAGCUCAUAAUGUAAUUGAAUAUAUUGAAACCAUUUGGAAAAUUCUCAAGCCUGGGGGCGCCUGGAUUAAUUUAGGUCCUCUCCUGUACCACUUUGAGAACAUGGCCAAUGAGUUGUCAGUGGAACUAAGUUAUGAAGACCUCAAAGCGGCAAUAGUUAAUUUAGGCUUCCAGAUAGAGGUUGAAAGGGAGUCAGUUCUGGCAACUUACACAGAGAACGAGCAUUCCAUGUUGCGCACCAAAGUCUGCUCGGCGAGAAGAUAUGAACAGCUUGACAGACCCGCCACCGACGACAUCUCCUUCAGCGACUCUUCGAAGAAAUGUCGCGGGAUUUGCGGCGUUGAGAAGCCGUUCGAAAGCGUCACUCCGUCCGUAGCUGUGAACGCGCGGUCUUUGCUCACGCUGUUGGGAAGUAGGUGCAGAAAAAGACCAUUGUACUUCGAUAAAAAAGAAGAUUCCGACUUUGAAACAUCGCAUUUGUGCAAGAACGCACAAAGGGACAUGAAGAAACACGCCGCACCUCCGAACACUAUGCGCCAUCAGGAGACUUUUGGAAAUGUUCCAAAGCCGCAAAACUCUACGAACCACAAACCCACCAACAAACGAGCUAAAAGCGACUGCGGAGAGACUGCAGAUGCCAAUAUCAACCAAGUACCAGUGGAUGAAAAAACAGAUGAAGACAUUCGUUUCAACAGUUUUCACUUCUGGAGAACUCCGUUGCCUGCGUUAGACUUGUCACUGCUGAAUGAAUCUCCUGAUGCAAUGGAAAUUUGA